UUGAUUUCUUAUCAACAAAUUGGUUCACUUUUCACAUCGCAUUACAGUCCUUUUAACGAAACAUCUUCCUGGCGUGCCAAUGCAUCCGCGAAAAUUCGUCAUAGCGUUAUUUUGUCACAUUAAAAUUAAUUAGGCAAAGGAACGGGUGGUGGCUACAGCGCAUGCGCAAUUAACGGCUUGGAUUUCCGGCGGGAGAACAGUGCUUGGUCGACGGAUCACAGUGCAGUGGACUGCCCUCCAUUUGCUUUCUUGCAGACGUGGGGAGAGAAGAGCGACCGACACUCUGAUCUGCGGACACCAUCAUAAACAAUUGUUUUUUGAAAAUGUCGGCCACUGCUCCUGUGGCUCCACGAUCAGCGACAUGGAGGGAAAAAGAGGUAUUGGACCUCCUUUCUUUCUGGGGGGAGGACAAGAUACAGGAAGCCCUUAGAAGCUCCCACAGGAACUUAGACAACUUUGAAAAAAUUUCCAAAAUGAUGUCCUCGCGUGGUCAUCGGCGCACUGCAUUGGAAUGCAGGAACAAAACAAAAAGUAUGCGGUUGGAGUACAAGCGCGUCAUGGCACACAAUUCCACUUCUGGAAACGGCCCCAUUACAUGUCCUUUUUUUCGUGAGCUGGACAGUAUUCUAAGAGGGGACGCAAGUGUUAAACCUAAACGGAUAGCGCGAAGCAUUUCUUUUGCCCAAGGACCCCCGCAGAUAAGCGCCCCCAGGGAAGUGAUGGAGGGAUCGGAGGAACUCUUCUCGCACGACAUGCAGACGAUAGAUGCUGCACCGCUGUGGUGCUCUUCUCCAAAUCCCAUGGCAGCACCGCAGAACUCGUCAUCAUCCACCGAUGCCAGUGAAGAGGAUCUUGACCGCACCAUAGAUGGACUUGCUGACAAGGAAAACGACACUACAGGUGCAAACGCAAUGGAGGACGACGACAGUGAUUCAGACCUUCCCCUGGGGCAUCGUUCACGCUAUAACACGGCAGACGGGGCAGAUAACAGAUGCCUAGCAGAAGUUUCACCGGGAACAAGACUAUUCCAACUAAGAAACAGGAGACGCAGAAACGCAGCACUCUAUGGAGUAGCCGAUGAUAUGAUGCGCCGUUCUCGAGAGGAGCACAAUGCCCAGGUUUCCCAAUGGCGAACGGACAGAGAGAUGCUGUGCAGUUGGAAGGCUGAUGAGAACAAGAUUCAGAGGGAAUUCUUGGAUCACACUAAAAUGGAGAGUGAGAAGUUUGCCGAGGCCUGGAAACAGAACAUUUCGGUGAUGUCUGAUGCUGUGAACACUUUGAAGUCAUUGGGACAGAUGCUCGCCCAACAGCGUCAAAUCAUCCCCCCAACACACGAUUAUGGGCAAACCGCCCUACCUGCCUCACAGGCAACCCCGAAGAAGGCAGCAGCGAGGCGUUCCUGUGUUGGCAAAGCCAGGGAGAGGCUGACGCUUUGAGGAGCUAUGUUCUGCGUUGCCCUCCUUAUUUGCCACAUACCAUGGUUUUUGGCAGCAAAAUUCAUUUGACAGAUUCCAUUGCACUGGUGACCCCUUAAUGGUCUUUAUCUAUUGUAUUUGAAAUAAAUGUGUGUU